CUCUCUUUCUGUACGAUAACAAAUACCAAGAAAUAAACCCAUUUAUUUUUCCUGCUCACAGACUUGCGUUGGCCGUUGGCGAACAAAGCGAAUUGUCAUAGUGACAUAAUUUAUUGUCAGGAACCUUUAUUUUAUCUUUAUACAUCGUACAUGUUUUCUCUCCCUGUCUCUAGUACUGUCGACAUUUUUAAAAUUGCGCAAUUUUUUUAAGAACGGGGAAGAAUGCCCGGAGCGCUCUAUAAAACCUGGGGGAUCAGAGGAGGAGGACGUAGGUAUCGUGUCGGUGUGCAGUGUGUUGUCAUCUCCAUCUCCAGCUCCAGCGCCGCCUUGCUCUGUGUGCUUCCGCCCGCUCUGUGUUGCUAUUGCUAAACUAGUGUGUUCUGUCGCUAUGGGCUCCCUGGCCACCGCGGACGGGCCGUUGCCGCCGCUCAAGUACCCUCAGGCUCGCCGGGACGAAGACAUCGUCGACGACUACCACGGCGUCCUCGUGCCGGACCCUUACAGAUGGAUGGAGCAGGUGGAUUCGAAGGAGGUGAAGGAGUUCGUGGACGCGCAGGCGGCCGUGACCAGCGCCGUGCUGUCCAGCUGCGACCACCGCGGGCGCCUGCGCGGGCAGCUCACCGCGCUCUUCGACCACCCGCGCUUCCGCGCGCCCUUCAAGCGCCGGGGCAGCUACUUCUACUUCCACAACCCGGGCCUCCGCCCGCACAGCGCGCUCUACGUGCAGCACGGGCUGGGCGGCGAGCCCGACGUGCUGCUGGACCCCAGCACGUUCAGCGAGGACGGCACGGUGUCGCUCGGCGUGGUCGGCGUGAGCGACGACGGCGAGCACCUGGCCUACGGCACCAGCGGCAGCGGCAGCGACUGGGUCACCAUCAGGGUCAUGCGCGUGCGCGACAAGGAGCACCUGCCCGAUACGCUGUCCUGGGUGAAAUUCUCGCGCAUCGCGUGGACUCGUGACGGCCAAGGGUUCUUCUACUCGCGUUUUCCGGCUCCAAGGGAUGCGCUGGAUUCUGGGAUGAAGACUGGCGUCAAUCUCAACCACGAAGUCUACUAUCAUUUCCUUGGAACAGAGCAGUCACAGGACGUGUUGUGCUGGAGAGACCCUGAUCAUCCCAAGUACAUAUACAUCCCUCAAGUCACAGAAGACGGCAAGUACGUGAUCCUUUCGGUCUCAGAAACGUCAGAGCCGGUGAACAAGCUGUACUACUGCGACCUGUCGGCUCUCGCUCACGGGCUGGGCGGCGUGAAGAGCGCCCAUGGCAACGGCAUGCUCCCCUUCGUCAAGCUCGUGGACAGGUUCGAGGCCUACUACGGGCUCAUCGCUAACGACGGCACCCAGUUCACGUUCCUCACGAACAAAGACGCUCCAAGGUACAAGCUGGCGAGGGUGGACGUCGACGACGACGAGCCCGGGUCGCCGUGGUGGACCGACGUGGUUCCCGAGGACGAGGACGGGAAGGCGGUCCUGGAGUCGGCGUGCGCCGUCCACGGCCACAAGCUGCUGGUGAGCUACCUGUCGGAUGUCAGGUGCGUCCUGCAGAUGAGGAGCCUGGUCACUGGGGAGCUGCUUCACGACAUACCCGUCGACAUCGGCACUGUCAGCGGGAUCUCCGGCAGACGAUGCGACGCCGAGGUGUUCGUCGAGUUCGCGAGCUUCCUUACCCCCGGGAUCAUCUACAGGUGCGAUGUCGGCUCUGCGGUCCCGGAGAUGGACGUGUACAGAGAGAUCUCGGUUCCAGGAUUCGAUCGAAACGAGUUUGAAGCGAAGCAGGUGUUUUAUCCGAGUAAGGAUGGGACCAAGAUCCCAAUGUUCAUCGUAUCCAAGAAGGAGAUCAGCCUGGACGGAUCGCACCCGGCACUACUGUUCGGCUACGGCGGCUUCGGCGUGAGCGUGACGCCGCAGUUCAGCGUCGCCCGCGUGGUCCUGAUGAGGAACCUGGGGUUCGUGGCGUGCGUCGCCAACCUCAGGGGCGGCGGGGAGUACGGCGAGGGCUGGCACAGGGCCGGGUCGCUCGCCAACAAGCAGAACUGCUUCGACGACUUCGUCGCCGCCGGCGAGUUCCUCGUGUCCGCUGGCUACACCAGCCCGGCGAGGCUGUGCGUCGAGGGCGGCAGCAACGGGGGCCUCCUGGUAGCUGCCUGCGUGAACCAGCGCCCUGAUCUGUUUGGCUGUGCCCUGGCCCAUGUCGGAGUGAUGGACAUGCUACGGUUCCACAAGUUCACCAUAGGUCGUGCAUGGACAUGCGACUUCGGGUGUUCGGAGAACGAGGAAGAGUUCCAGUGGCUUAUCAAGUACUCCCCCCUGCACAACGUGCGGCGGCCGUGGGAGAACAAACGGGCGGCCGCAGCUGCCAACGGCGACGCAAGCUGCCGGGGCUUAGGCGGCCAGUACCCUGCAACCAUGCUGCUGACGGCGGACCACGACGACCGCGUGGUGCCGUCGCACACGCUCAAAUUCCUCGCGACGAUGCAGCACGUCCUGCGCCCCGGCGCGGAUGGCAGCCCGCAGACGAACCCCGUCGUCGCCCGGAUCGAGCGCAAGAGCGGCCACUGCUGCGGCCGCUCCACGCAGAAGAUCAUCGACGAGGCUGCGGAUCGGUACGCAUUCGCCGCGAAGAUGAUGGGAGUCUCUUGGAUGGACUGACUGAGUAACCCACCAAAUGAGUACUGCGCAUUUGGCUCAGGCUGUUAGACCAACGCCAGCAGCGACCCGCAAACGGCUCCGGCUGC